UAUUAUUAUUAUUAUUAUUAUUAUUAUUAUUAUUAUUAUUAUUAUUAUUUUAAUUAUUUUUCUGUUAAUAUGAAACUGUUGCUUUGCAUUUUUCACUAUAAUGUUGCCUUUUUGUUGCGGUUACUGAUUUUAAAUUUUUAUUUGUGAUGCGUAAUAAUGUGUUUUUAUGAUGAUUAAAGUGAUUCGGCGCAAUUAUAGGGUGCUAGAUUACAAUAGUAGCUCAUAGAUUUUGUCAUAAGUGCCUUUGGUUUAGCAGCUUCUUGAAUACAUCAACUGGAUUUUAUUCCAGGUAGGAAAUCGAGCUUAUAUUAUCGUAACUUAGUGCGGGCUCGUACCUCUUUAGGCCAAAUUAGUGAUAGCAGUGGUAAUUUGAGCUUAUUGAGUCAAAUUUUGAGCUCUUCUGAGUAGUUUCUGUUGUAGGAAUUUGGGUACUUAUUAUGGGGUUUGAUUGAAUUAAAGUGAUUCCGUGCAAAUAUGCAAUUGUAGGGUGCUAGAUUUACAAUAGUAGCUCAUAGAUUUUGUCAUAAAUGCCUUUGGUUUAGCAGCUUCUUGAAUACAUCAACUGGAUUUUAUUCCAUGUAGGAAAUCGAGUUUAUAUUUCGUAACUUAGUGCGGUCUCGUGCAAAUUAGUGACAAUAGUGGUAAUUUAAGCUUAUUGAGUCAAAAUUUCAGCUCUUCUGGGUAGUUUCUGUUGUAGGAAUUUAGGUACUUCUUAUUGGGUUUGGUUGAAUUGUAUAGUUGUCGUGCUCUUGUGGUACUUGCGCAUUGUGCACCCGAGUGCAACCAUAUUAGAGUUCAAUAUUGGUUCAAUUUUCAAAUGCAGUUCUUUUACUUUCCUAAUUUGUUAAUUUCUCUUUGCUUAUAUCUCUCAAUGUUCCUGCUGCAGGUCAAUACGUUUGGUGGUUAAAGAGAGCUCUUUACGAUGGGUGGUAUACAGAAUGAUGCUCUUUCACAAGCGGAAACCACUUGUGGUUCUCUUUUGUAUGAACUUCAGAUAAUUUGGAAUGAGGUGGGCGAGUCUGAAACAGCCAGGGAUAAGAUGUUACUUGAGCUUGAACAAGAAUGCCUAGAUGUAUACAGGAGAAAAGUAGAUGUGGCUAACCGCUCGAGAGCUCAGCUACGACAAGCUAUAGCUGAUUCAGAGGCAGAACUUGCAGCCAUUUGUUCUGCAAUCGGAGAGCUUCCUGUACAUAUCAGACAAACUGAGCAAAAGGCUGGAAGCUUAAAAGAGGAACUCAACUCCAUUCUUUCUGGACUAGAAGAGAUGCGGAAAAGAAAAGCAGACAGGAAGAAUCAAUUUCUCGAGGUCAUUAGACAGAUUCAGCUGGUGUCCACCGCAAUUUAUGGGUCGACUGGAUAUGAUUGCUCAAAGGCAGUUGCGGAUGACAACGAUUUAACUCUAAGAAGGCUUGAAGAAUUGCAAAAACAGCUGCAUUCCUUGCAAAAGGAGAAGAGUGAUCGCAUGAAACAAGUCCUGGAGUACCAUACUGAAGUGAGCUCAUUGUGCUCUGUCCUUGGAUUGGACAUUAAGGAAACUGUUAAAGAACUUCAUCCUAGUUUAGCUGAUUCUGAAGAAAACUACAGUAUAAGUACUCAAACACUUCAACAACUGGAGUCUUCCAUAAAGAGUUUGAGGGAGCUUAAGCUUCAGAGAAGACAGAGGCUCCAAGAUCUUGCUACUAUGUUGCUGGAGCUCUGGAAUCUGAUGGAUACACCAGUUGAUGAACAACAAGCUUUUCAACAUGUUACAUGCAAUAUUGCUGCUUCAGAGGACGAGAUAACUGACCCCAACAUGCUUUCAGCAGAUUUUAUUAAAUAUGUUGAGGCUGAAGUUUCCAGGUUAGAAGCGCUGAAAUCUAGUAAGUUGAAAGAGCUUGUCUUGAAGAAGAGGACAGAGCUAGGUGAAAUUUGCCGGAAGACACAUAUAAUUCCUGUAUUAGAUGGCGAAACAGAGAAUCUCAUUGAGGCAAUAGAAUCAGGAGCUUUGGACCCUACUUCUGUCCUCGAACAAAUGGAACUAGACGUUUCUAAGGUCAAAGAAGAAGCAUUUAGCCGCAAAGAAAUUUUGGAAAGAGUUGAGAAGUGGUUAUCUGCCUGUGAGGAGGAGGAAUGGCUUGAACAAUAUAAUAUGGAUGAAAAUCGAUACAAUACAGGAAGAGGUUCUCAUCUUAUUCUCAAACGUGCAGAGAAAGCUCGAACUUUAGUUACUAAGCUUCCAGGGAUGGUGGAGGCUCUGGCUGCAAAAACUCAAAAUUGGGAGGAAGAAAGAGGUCUCGAGUUCCUAUAUGAUGGUACUCAUCUUCUUUCUAUGCUCGAGGAGUACAUUAUAUUACGACAGGACAAGGAACAAGACAAGAAACGACAGCGGGAACAAAAGAAACUUCAAGGGCAACUGAUUGCGGAACAAGAGGUACUUUUUGGCUCUAAACCCAGCCCGAUGAAGUCUGCAAAGAAAAGUUCUAGAAUUUCUACGGGAGCAGGAAAUGGUAGAAGGGUUUCUGUUGGAGGAAAUAAUUUGCUUCAAACACCUAGGCCUAACUCAUCUCAAUCAGCUAGAGGAACACCUAUUGGAGGAAAUGUACAUCAAACACCUAGGCCCGAUUCAUCUCAUUCAGGCAGAGGAACACCAAAUUUCCGGCCUUCUAGAAAAGAUGACAACAUAGCUGUUCAAAGAGUUUUGGACAGAAACUUCACCUUCAACGGUCGUGAAACAGAACCAGCAGCAAUUCGAAGACCUUUCUCUCCCAUUUCUUCCACGGCAUCAAAACGAGCACACGACGACUUCUAUGAUGACGACAAUGCCAUUCAACAGAAAACAACAGCCUACCAAAAAGAAACAUCUCAGCAAAUAUUUACAACACCCUCAAAAAUUUCUACUGCAACAGGUGAAGAAAACUGUACUCCAAAAGUAAUGCAUAUUCCUGAACCUGCAACACCUUCAACAGUUUCAGCUCCAAUGCACACAUCAAUGACACCUGCGCCUCUUCGACAACCUGAUUUUCAUGAUGGUGAUAAUAAUUCUGUGGAAGAAACUGAUGAAGAGAUUGAAUACUCAUUUGAGGAAAUAAGAGCUGGAUUUGUGCUGCCUAACACACAUCUAAAAAGAACAGUACAAGUGUAAAGGUAUAGAAAAUCUUAGAACUUAGAAUCUUAGAUGAGAUUCCUUCUAUGAGAUUACUAUUCGUUGUCACAUUGUUCAAAUUACACUAUGAACGUAACUAUUGAUUCUGGAUGGAGUUCAUAGAAGGAAAGAGUUAUAUAGUUACUCAAAUUGAUGGAGAUAAGUCAAACUAUAUCUGUUGUCACAUUGUUCAAAUUACACUAUGAACGUGACUAUUGAUUUUGGAUGGAGUCCGUGGAAGGAAAGAGUUAUAUAGUUACUUCAAAAUUGAUGGAGAUAAGUCAAACUAUAUCUAUUGGCUUCUUCAUCUUUCAUGCAGUUGUAAAUUACACUACUAUGCUGCAUUCUUCAUCUCUUUUUGUUGCUUUAAUUUUUGUCAUUUCUAAAGUUGUAAAAUACUUUCUAUUUUGACAGUUCAUAAUCGGCAAAUGUGGCGAAUUAGCCCCACAAUUUAUGUGUCA